AUGACUAUAGGAAAAAGUUUAUACAAUAAUUCCUACAUGUCUGAUGUUAGAUUUGAGGUGGAAGGUGAAAUAAUGUAUGCUCAUAAAUUUAUUCUUUCAUUGAAGAGUGAAAUGUUUUAUAGCAUGUUUCAUGGCAGCAUAGGAUUAGAUAGUUGCAUAAAGAUUGAAGAUUUAAGUAAACACGCUUUUAGGAAAAUCUUGCAAUAUAUGUAUACUCAAAUUUUUGUUCACACAAUUGAUCUUGACUCAUUAAUACAAACUUUAUAUGGAGCUAAAAAAUAUAUGCUUAAGGAUUUAAUCAAAAUAUGUCUUGAACAAAUCACAGAUUAUGAUAUUAAUGGAGGAUGUACUUCUCAGUUGAAUAAUUAUGAUAGUAUAGGUUACACUCCUCCGUUGAUUAAUGAUGAAGUAUGUGAAGGAUUCGUUACUCAGAUACUUUUGCAAAAUGAAAAAUUCGUAUUUGAUUCGGAUGGUUUCCUCAACUCACCUAUUCCUUUAAUAAAAAAUUUUAUAACUCUCGUAGCCAAUAGUAAAAUGAAAUUAAAGGAAAUUUCAGAAUUUCUUAUUAAAUGGGCUAAAAAUGAAUGUUGCAAGCGCCAAAUUUCCAAUGAUUCAAAGAAUGUUUUGUGCAUAUUAUCGGAUAGCCCAUUUAUUUCCUACAUUAUGGAUUCCGAUCUAGUGGACAUGAUUGAUAUAGUUCGUGAACAUAAUUUAUUAGAUGACACGGAGAUUCUUAAAAUUUUGAUUGAAAAAAGAUUUCGAAUUACCUGCAAAUAG